AUCCGCUUACAUUUGAUGGCCCCGUGACGAAUGUAAAAACAGCCAUGAAAAUGCUGAGACCCAUAAACGGAAAACGGAGAGUGGGCCAUAAAAAGGUUUGGCUCUGGGCCUCGGACUGGAAGCCAGGCCUAAAGCCCGUUCGGUUUAUGGUCAAUUAGAGAGCGGCUCAUUUGCAUGCGUCCUAACAUGGCCAAAUGCGAAUGUCAUUUGCUCGUCAUCUGGCUUUUAGGGCUAGCAUUGUCCCUUGAGGACGACAACACAUAUCCUGUGACAUGGAAGUGCUUGUACAAAGAGUAUCCAGUGGAUGUUGAAAAGAUAAAGGGAGGCUGGUGGGUUUACGCUUGCAAUCCGUUUAAAUCAAGGCAGUGUUACUUUAAAGAGCAUCUCUAUUGGACACGAAUCACCAUGACAGACUAUGCCAAAUAUGCCGUGGAACUGCACUGCUCUUUGCCCUGGAUGCGUCAACGCAUGAUGAUCUAUACUAGGAUGAAGGAACCCUCCAAUGAGACCUUGGCAGUUGUAGAGACCUACCUGAAAACCGUCCAACUGACUUUCGAAAACUUUACCAUCAGAAAUAAACCAAAAAACUGCUAUAAGGAUCAGGUUAAGAAAUUGCAGCGCUGGCACAUCCCCAAGUACAUGUCGCAGGACUUCCAUCCGCAUUAUAUCAAGCCCCUGGUGGUGAACGAAAAUAUCUGACAUCAGUGCGUUUGUAUCUGGCUGAAUUCAGCAGCUUCUCUCUCUCUGUGGCAACUUUCUUUGGUUCAGAAAUUUACAUAUGCCAAAUUUGGUACAAAUAUGCGAAUAUCUUAAAACAAAGAAUGGAUUUAUGCGCAAGUCGAAGCUCCGAUACUCUGCCCUCCGAGGAGGGAAGAGAAAUUAUGAUUCACGGGAAUGUACAGGCGACAUCAUAAUGUAUUCAUUGCCAGUGAAAGGUUGACCCCCCGGUGACCAAUUAAAAUGUCUAACCCCUUCGAUCGUAUCGCUCGUGUUUUAUUGUGUUUUAAUUAACCGAAAGGCUUUAUCUGCUCACGCUGUCAUCGCCAAAUGGCCACUGAGCUCAAUUAGUGAGCUGCUGACUUAUUAGUCAG